AUGUCUGUCGAAGGAAACAUUCGUCAGUAUAAUGGAGGCGGAUACGGGGGCUGGGGCGGCGGCGGCCAAGGUGGAGGAGGCGGCGGAGGUGGUGGAGGAGGCGGUGGUGGAGGAGGAGGCGGAGGAGGUGGUGGUGGAGGAGGCGGUGGUAAAGGAGGCUGGGGUGCUCACGAUUUUCAAGAAGGUUACGGCGGAGGACAUGGAGCUCACGGACGCCAUGGUGGACAUGGUGGACACGGAGGCCAAGAAGAGCAGGGACUACAUGAUUGGCAUGGUCAUCGAGGCAAUGGUGGACACGGCGGUCAUGGUAGACAUGGAGGCCAUGGUGGACACGGCGGUCAUGGUGAACAUGGAGGUCAUGGUGGACAUGGAGGCAAAGAAGGUCAUGGUAACCCUGGUGGACAUGGUCACGGUGGACACGGUCAUGGAGGCCACGGCGGACAUGGUGGACAUGGACACGAAAGUCUAGAAGGUGGACAUAGAUACCAAGGCGAACACGUUCACGGAGGAAACGGUGGACAUGGGCAUGGAGGUCAUGAUCACGGUCGACAUGGUGGACACGGAGGUCAUGGUGGACACGGAGGACAUGGUGGACACGGAAGACAUGGAGGCCAAGGAGAACGUGGAUCAUGUGGGGGAAACGAUAUUGAAGCUGAAAUUGUGGUUCUUGAUUCUGACGAGGAGAUCCAACAAGGUGAAAAAUCGAAUGGAAAUCCUGGAGCUCCUGGAGGGCAAGGAAUGCCUGAAAAGGAACCUGGAGUGGACGAUAUGAUUGUCCUUGACAGUGAUAACGACCAAGAUGCUGAGGAAGAUCGAGGAGAUGGCAUUGUUCAAGAAGAAACCUCGGUAGCUGAAAAUGGAAAGGAAAAGGAAGGUGCCAGUGCCACCAGUGGAAAUGGUGCAGACGGACACGGAGGCGAUAAAACAGGCCACAGCAACGGCCACGGCGGAGAGGGUGGAUACAGUUACAGUUACCAAGGCAGUGCCUAGGCGAACUUGAAUUUAGUCGUUUUAUCUUUUUCUCUGAUGAAGUCGAUUGUCAACCGGCAGUAAUAAAUAUUCUAUUUUUACGCAGCAAACAAUAUCGACGUUCUCCUGAAUCCGCAUUCCCCAUAAGCAUGCACUUAUGUUGUUUGGAGUAUAAAAAAAGGAGCACAAUUUGUUCCCCACCUGGGCAACGUGGAAAUAAUGUGUAUAUACGAACGCAUUCUGCUCGAGCGAUCACACAAACGUUUCGAGUCACAAGGCGGCGUACACACAUAAUAAAUUUAUAUGAUAUUAAUAUUUCACGUGAAUGUGACCACUCAAUAUGGAGAGCACUCACCCGUUGCCUGCCAGAGAGCAAGCACAAUGAGCUCUCUCCACAUGCCCCGUUAUGCUCGCUUUGUUAUUCAUUUUUUAUUGUACAUUACAUUACAUUACAUUAGUACCUUUCAUCGUGUUUACGGAUACGUUGUCAUGUUAUCUGCUUUCGCGCGAGUGACAAUAUGAGAGGGUCCUGCGCGAUGCACUAAAAACCAUCUCUCAAGUGGCCUCUUGCGCGAUUACUUGUUUAAUUGCGAUGAGGCAGCAGGCAUUCCCAUGCAUUUUUACUAUUUCUGUCAUGCAAUGCCGCAUUUGGCGCGCCAUGAGAAAGGGAUGAGAAUGAACUAUGCUCGCAUCGUGGCGAAUUACACUCAACUCAAGAUUUAAUUGCGUGCAGUGGUCAUCAAAACACUUUUCCCACGCAUUUUUGCGUCCGUUUGCCAAAGCAGACAUCUAAACACUUAUACCUGAACAAUUUGCUAGGGUUGUGGGUUUAGAACUGUGCCGCGAAUCAUGCUUUUUCAAGCCACAUAUAAUUUACAGAAAUAAAAUUAUAUCAAUCUGCAAAUAUAACAUUUUAAAACAAAAU